GAGCGCGCGCCGAUUGCGCUCACGAUCUCCGUUUCAUUCCGCGUAUCAGAGCCGGUCAACAUUAUUGACGAUGGAAAGCUGAGCCAUUUUCAUUCAUAGACCAAAACAAUAAAGCAGAGGUCAUUCAAGAACCGCCAGCAAACGAAGGGAUUUUACUCACGCCACAUUUGAGGUUUUGAGUAUUUGUGGGCCUUAGCCAUGGGCGGGACCAAAAGUAAACCCAAAGACCUAGGCCAGCGCUCCCGUAGUCUAGAUGACGGCACCGGAGGACACCACCACAGUCCCAACCAAUCAUCAUUUACACCCAACCGAAGCCCGCCGGUGGACGGCACCAGACGUGGAACCCAGCCGAACGUCAUCAAUGCAGAGCAGGCGCUGUUCGGAGGUGUUACCUCCACAAAUAACAGCAUCACCUCACCUCACAGAGGCCCGCUAGCGGUCGGCGUGACCACAUUCGUGGCUUUGUAUGACUACGAGUCACGCACCACCUCCGAUUUGUCAUUCAGGAAAGGAGAACGACUUCAGAUUGUCAAUAACACGAGAAAGUUGAACCCAAGGGAGGGUGACUGGUGGAUGGCGCGCUCGCUGACGACUGGAGAGAGUGGCUACAUUCCCAGCAAUUACGUGGCACCGUCUGACUCCAUCCAGGCUGAAGAGUGGUACUUUGGAAAGAUCACGAGAAGGGACUCUGAGCGACACCUCUUGAAUUUGGAGAACAGGAGAGGAUCUUUUCUGGUCAGAGAGAGUGAGACCACAAAAGGUGCCUACUGUCUUUCUGUCCUGGACUAUGACAACGUCAAAGGCCUAAAUGUCAAACAUUACAAGAUCAGGAAGCUGGACAGCGGGGGAUUUUACAUCACGUCACGCACGCAGUUCAGUACGUUACAGCAGCUGGUGAACCACUAUCGACAACACGCAGACGGUCUGUGUCACUGUCUAACUGACGUGUGUCCAGUCCUGAAACCUCAGACUCAGGGUCUCGCACGGGAUGCUUGGGAAAUCCCACGAGACUCUCUGAGACUGGACGUCAAACUGGGCCAGGGCUGUUUCGGGGAAGUCUGGAUGGGUACGUGGAACGGUACGACACGCGUGGCUAUUAAGACUUUGAAGCCUGCCACCAUGUCUCCUGAGGCCUUCCUACAGGAGGCGCAAGUGAUGAAGAAACUCCGUCAUGAGAAGCUCGUGCAGCUUUAUGCUGUCGUCUCUGAGGAUCCCAUUUACAUUGUCACUGAGUACAUGGGACAAGGAAGUCUGUUAGAUUUCCUGAAAGGUGACAUGGGGAAAAUGCUGCGGUUGCCUCAGCUUGUGGAUAUGGCCUCACAGAUUGCCUCUGGAAUGGCAUACGUGGAGAGAAUGAACUAUGUGCACAGGGACCUCAGGGCUGCCAACAUCCUGGUGGGUGAUAACCUGGUGUGUAAAGUGGCUGACUUUGGCCUUGCCCGUCUCAUAGAGGACAACGAGUACACGGCCAGACAGGGAGCAAAGUUUCCAAUUAAGUGGACUGCGCCAGAGGCGGCACUGUACGGCCGUUUUACCAUCAAAUCUGACGUGUGGUCAUUUGGGGUCUUACUCACUGAGCUGACAACAAAAGGCAGGGUGCCUUAUCCAGGUAUGGUGAACAGGGAGGUAUUAGACCAGGUGGAGCGUGGUUACCGGAUGCCCUGUCCCGCAGAGUGCCCAGACUCCUUGCACGAGCUCAUGCUCACCUGCUGGCGUAAGGAGCCCGAAGAGAGGCCGACCUUUGAGUACCUCCAGGGUUUCCUGGAAGACUACUUCACCUCGACUGAACCACAAUACCAACCAGGGGAGAACCUCUAGAAAAAACCUUGAAGAACCAGCUCAGUGUGAAACCAUAGACACUUGGAGGCUUGGAAAUAAUUAUACAUGUAUCCGAAAACAAUAUUGAUCCGUGGAGGCAUCCAUCUGUGAUUCCACAUUGCAGACUCUGUUCAGUACAGCUGCCUCGGUUUUAAAGCAACUUAUUGGGUUUUUCAGUGAUCUCCCUUGCAUCACUCCCUGUUAUUAUUGUUGCAUGUUUUUUCACUUGGAUGCCAUUUUCAUUGCUAUCCAACUGAAAACGCAAAGAUCUUGCAUCCUUUGACAAAUUGCAUCUCCAGCCAUGCAACUCAGCUUUUGCAGAUAAUCAUUGCGAGUCUUCAUUUCCGAGGCUAUGUAACCAGUACCGAUUGAUCUUUUGCUGUUUUACCUUGACCUCAAUGUACCGCCACCUCGCUGCUCCUAAACCCCUUGAGUAGAUCUGUCACUCAUUCUUUCUUCUCCUCCCCCCCUCAAUCCAUCACUUCUCUCGUUCCAUCUCCUUUAUACCCCCAGUACCUCAAGCUCCUUUCGCACUGGGGUCCUCCAUAAGUCUAUGUCCUUGUUCACUGAAUGCAGAACAGUCAACCGUAUUCCGUGAAGUCUGAAGAGACACGUCAAAGGGACGAAACUUGAUAGCCAACAUCAGAUCUCCAAUAGGGGCGACGGCACCUCUGUUGGGAGGCAAUUGUGGUUGUAGUGAUACGUUCCAAUUAAUGUCUUCCAAUAGAAAUCCAGGGUCUGUAUCUGAACAAACAUGAUAUUUAUGCCUUUAACUGGUAAAAAGUACAUUUUUGUUGUCCCACUGUUUCUUUCUUGUAUGAAGCUGGAUCAACUGGAAUAAAGAAUGUGAUUGGCUGAUCACUGGUCACAUGACAUCUUGGCUCUGGCAGAUUGGGCGAAAAAACGUUCAGACUGAAAUAUUCAAAAUGAACCAUUCUUCCUUUUGAUAUGGAUGUGUAAUGAAUUAGAUAAUCGUAAAUAAUGUCAUUUUCAUUUGAUAUAAUAAUUCUACUAUUCUAGUACUCAAAACAACUACUGAUAUAUAUAGUUUAUUUCAUUUCAAGCAGAGGUGACUGUAUGGUCCUUCUUUGUGUGCCAAUGCAAAUGAGAAAAAAAUUAUUUUGUACUGUUUUAUUAUGUAUAAAAUGUAUUUUUAUUAAUGUCAUUUUUUUGUAUCAAAGAGGAUGAUCAUGCUUUGUAACUAGAAUUUAAAGGGAUAGUUCACCCAAAAAUGGAAAGUCAGUCAUUUAUUCACCCUCAUGUCGUACCUUUAUGACUAUUUUUCCUUUCGUGGAACACAAAUGAAAGCAUAUUUUGACUUCAUCAAGCUUUAAAUAAGCACAAAACGCAUAAAAGUACCAUUAAAGUAGUCCGCUUUGUAAUGCAUGCGCUAUGUUCCAAAUCUACUAAAGCCAUGCGAUAGCUUUGCGUUAGGAACAGACUGAAAUUUAAGUCAUUAUUCAUUGAAAAUCUUCCCCUUCUUCCAUUGCUAUCAAAUCUCAUUCACAUUUCUGUGUAUUCAAACUUGGCACAUCGUGAUAGGUUACAAGGACACACAAGAACCUGUGGCAUUUGCCAUCACUGAUGUCAAAUUUCAAUGUAUGAGGAAAAAAAAGAAAGUUAUAUGGGUUGGAACAACAUGAGGGUGAGCAAAUUAUGACAGAAUUUAUUUUUGGGUGAACUAUCGCUCAAGAAUAUUGUUCCAGAGAUGCUUGAACUAACUGACUCAAAUCUCGUUAAAUGCUUGAAUUUCACGUGUUUUGUCUUUUAUAUAUGUUUUGGCUUUUGGAGACAAAAUCAGACACACAUAGUCAAAGUUGCCAAUAAUUUACUUCGUUAUAACAUCUUUGCCUCUUUCUCUGAGAUGAAAAGUGAAGCUGGGUAACAUUCUCAAGUCUAUUGCUAGUACUUUAAUGUAAGAUCUUUAUAGAAACACACUGUAAUGUCCCACAGAAAGCCAUCAACCUUAUCUGUAAGCUGUUUCAUGUUAGAAUCGUGUGUUAAAUGAUGGUUGUACUAGCAUAACUGAUCUUAGGUCAGCUUUUACAGAAUGCUUGUUGACAGACAGUAUGACAACGGUCACCUUUGGCCGUGAAACAUGCCCAAAAAUAAAUUAAUCACUGCUGAGACUAUGUAGAAUGGAUUUCAGCUCAAAUGUGGGGAUAUAGUUUACUGAUAUGAUAAUAAUGGUUUGGAACUGUGAAUAGUUGGUUAAGACAGGUCCUAACAAGUUGUUUAGAAUGGCAUGCAAUUGUGGUACUUUAGUUGGUAGAUAUGAUCUCCAUUGACGCCUGUCAAUAUUACUGUAAAUACUUUCUUAUGGUUACUGUAAAUAUUCUUUUCAUAUUUAUUCAUCAGGUUUAUGAUCAGCAGAGCUUUGUUUCUCCCCUCAAGAUCAGCAUUAUAUGUAGACGGUCAUUCCUGUGCGAAAAAAAAAAAACAACAACAACAACUUUGAGAUGCAACUCAAACCCUGUUUUUCUAAGAAAUGCAACUGUAAAUAAUCUUGAAUUAAACACAGUUGCUAUAUGAACGCGCUGUUCAAUCACGUGUUCUGAUUCGAUCAAUACGGAAGCCCAUUUACGCCACAUGAAAAAAUAUGUACUCAUAAUUUAGAAUUUUUAUUAUAUAAUUCUGAUUACUUAUCUCAUAUUUACGACUUUUAAAAUCGGAAUUGUCACAUCUCAUCAUUUUGAUUUUUUUUUAAAAAUCUAAUAAUUUACUUUUUAUCUCGUAAUUAUUCAUUUGAAUCUAAUAAUAUGAAUUUAUUUCAGGAUUAUGACUUUUAAAAUGACAGUUAUGAUUUACUGUCUCAUAAUUAUGACCGUCAUAAAUAAGACUUUCAAUCUAAUAAUUGUCUUUAUCUCACAAUAUUUUACUUUUCUCAUAUUUAUAACUUUUAAACUCAGAAUUAUUUAACUUUCUCAGAAUUUCGAUUUUUUUUUUUUUUUUACUGCUAAUUGACUUGGUCAUAAUUAUGACUUUUAAUCUAAUAAUUUACUUUUUAUUUCGUAAUUAUUUUACUUUCUCAGAAUUUCGAUUUUUUUUUUUUUUUUUUAUCUGCUAAAUGACUUCUAAUCUAAUCAUUUUGAUUUUUUUUUAAUCUCAUAAUUAUGACUUUGAAGCUAAUAAUUGACUUUAUCUCGUUAUUAUGAAUUAGUAUCUCAAAAUUACAACUUUACCUCAAAAUUAUGACUGAAUCUAAUAACUAAGCACAGUUUUAUUUUUCAUGUGGCUGAAAUGAGCUUUCAUAGAUCUGGUCUUUUCGUCACCGUGUAUUUAUUUAAAAUAUUUCUUUAUUUCUUCACAGUUUCAUCUUUAACAAAAAUAAUGAUUUCUUUAUUUCUGACAGGAAACGUUUUUAUCAGCGUCGCGACUUUUAAUUGUAAUUAAUCUGCUGUUGAAUUUGACAGGUAGUCAAAUUACAGCAGAGUUAAACUGCACUGUACAUUAUGCAUCACUGUAAAAUAAUAUGAGUAAACUAACAAUAUUUGGCGAUGGAUUAUGGGAUGUUGUUUUUCCUCGCUUAUGACCUGGGAAAUGACAGCUUACAUGCGAUUAGAACUGGGGCAAACAAAGAAUUAAAGCAAAUCACCACAUAUAAUAAUAAUAAUAUUAAUAAUAAUAAUUAAAACUAAAAUCUUACUUUCAUGGUCAAAUCUACAAGUAACCACAAUAUUAGUGCAACUCCAUCUAAUUUCUUGAGUAUUCAAACUAUGCAGUUGUUUUCUAUGAGCUGCCUAUCUAUAUUUUAACCGCAGUUAAAUAUGAUUUAAUUCCAGGUGCUUGUUCCCGUCCCAUUGUACAGUUCUGCAGUGACCUGUUUCAAAAUAAGAAAUAACACUGAAAUGAGAUUUGUACUUUAAAAAAAAUGUAUGACAAGGUGUUAUCUUUUUUUAUAAGUGCAAUAAACUAUGUUUAUAAUGCUUGGA